AAAAAAAGAGAAACGAAAGAAAACAUCGAACUUCGCGUUGAAAGCGUCGGCCUAGGCCUGCAGGAAUUCAUUUUAUCAAGUGUAGGCGGAAGCGAGGGCAACUGAGUGAGAUUUUCGUCGAUCGAAUGCGGUAAUCCCUUUUACGGUCACGGACCUACUGCACCUCUUUACAACAGGCGUCCAUCAUCCUUCCCUUUCUCCCCCCCCCCAGUCAUGUCCUUUGUCAAGCUUUCAAUCUUUGGGACUUCCUUCGAGGUUACCACUCGUUAUGUUGAUUUGCAGCCCGUUGGAAUGGGCGCAUUUGGUCUGGUCUGCUCGGCCAAGGACCAGCUAACAGGUUCUUCCGUGGCGAUCAAAAAGAUAAUGAAGCCGUUCAGUACGCCUGUGUUGAGCAAGAGGACGUAUCGAGAAUUGAAACUGCUAAAGCAUAUCCAGCAUGAGAACAUCAUCAGCCUGAGCGAUGUGUUCAUUUCUCCCCUUGAAGAUCUAUAUUUCGUAACAGAGCUCCUGGGUACCGAUCUCCACCGACUACUCACCUCGCGGCCUUUGGAGAAACAGUUUAUCCAGUAUUUCUUAUACCAGAUUCUACGUGGCCUUAAAUACGUCCAUUCUGCCGGUGUCGUCCAUCGAGACCUCAAACCAAGUAAUAUCCUCGUGAACGAAAACUGUGACCUUAAGAUCUGCGACUUUGGCCUCGCACGAAUUCAAGAUCCUCAAAUGACAGGCUACGUGUCCACUCGAUACUAUCGAGCCCCUGAGAUUAUGUUGACUUGGCAAAAGUACGACGUUGCGGUCGACAUAUGGAGUACAGGGUGUAUAUUUGCAGAGAUGCUGGAAGGGAAGCCGUUGUUCCCGGGGAAAGAUCACGUGAACCAGUUCUCGAUUAUUACAGAGCUUCUUGGGACUCCUCCAGAUGAUGUCAUUGAAACUAUCGCUAGUGAAAAUACACUGAGAUUUGUGCAGAGCCUACCCAAGCGAGAACGAGUUCCUUUCAGCUCGAAGCUCAGAACUACAGAUCCAGAUGCUAUCGACCUUCUCGAAAAAAUGUUGGUCUUUGACCCGCGGAAACGAAUAGACGCGACUGAAUCGCUGGCUCACGAAUACGUUGCGCCUUACCAUGACACCAGUGACGAGCCCGUAGCAUCAGAAAAGUUCGACUGGAGUUUCAAUGACGCCGAUUUACCAAUUGAUAACUGGAAAGUCAUGAUGUACUCUGAAAUUUUGGAUUUCCAUCAAGUCCCAGACCCCGGCCCUUCAGGUGUACCCGAGGGCGCAUUAGCAGGACCAGACAUUCCAAUACCAACAGGAGAGACUGUCACCGCAGCAGAUUAAAUCCCUCCCUCCCCUCUUCCGCUGUGUGUUGUUCUUUUUCUUUCUAGAAGUCGUCUUUAUAUCCUUACUUUUCCCCAUGCACGGACCGGGACUUACACGUAGUUCCAUCAUUGGUAUACCUUAUUGCCCUGGUGGGAAAUUUACUCUAGUUUCACGAAGAAGCAAAGAUAUGUAUCUCGUACUUGCCAUGAGGAAGAAUACAGUAUUAUACACGUACAAUGUAGGAUUUAAUGCGAGCGUCUAAGUACAUGUUGGAGG